AUGGGAGAUGAUUCUACGCGUCAUGUAGUGUUAAGCACUUCAAUGGGCGAUAUUACUUUAGAGCUAUAUUGGAAUCAUGCCCAUAAAACUUGCGAAAAUUUUUACCAGUUGGAUUUUAUGAUUCAAGGUGGUGAUCCUACAGGCACAGGACGUGGAGGGCAAUCGAUAUACGGUCGUCAUUUUGAAGAUGAGUUAAGUCCCGAACUCAAACACACCGGUGCUGGCAUAUUAAGUAUGGCUAAUUCAGGGCCUAAUACUAAUGGUAGUCAGCAUGGCAACUAUCAAAUUCUUUAUUGGGAAAAUAAUCAGUUUUUUAUUACUCUGUCUUCUACUCCUUGGUUGGAUGGUAAACAUACAAUAUUCGGGAGAGUGAGUCAAGGAAUGCGAGUGGUUAAACGCAUGGGAUUAGUUGCUACUGAUUCUCAAGAUCGGCCAAAAGAAAAUGUCAAAAUUUUGAGAGCUCUGGCAGUUGAUGAAUGA